AUGCCCUUCUGCGGUGGGAAGAAGGUGGUGCAGCGCAAACUCGUCCUGCUGGGCGACGGUGCCUGCGGAAAGACCAGUCUUCUGAACGUGUUUACUCGCGGCUUCUUCCCGACUGUCUACGAACCCACGGUCUUCGAGAACUAUGUCCACGAUAUCUUCGUCGACGGUAUUCAUAUGGAAUUAUCGCUAUGGGACACCGCUGGGCAGGAGGAAUUCGACCGGUUGCGAUCCCUUUCGUACGAUGAUACUCAGGCCAUCAUGUUGUGCUUUAGUGUCGACAACCAUGGUUCUCUCGAAAACGUGUCCACGAAAUGGAUUGCCGAAAUAAAUGAACAUUGUCCCGGGGUCAAGAUUGUCCUAUGCGCUUUAAAAUGCGACUUACGGGAAGAGCACGAAAAGGACGAUGACGAGGAGCAUGGGGCUCCCCCGAGACCUAUGAUUCAAUAUAACGAGGGAUUAGAAGUUGCGCGACGCAUUGGGGCGCUGCGAUAUCUCGGUAACGCCAGAAAUCACGCUUUAUGA